CACUGACGUUUGUAAGAUGUGUGGUUAUGUUAUGUAUUUAACCUCAAAUAUUACUUAGUUUUACUAAAUUAAUAUUACCAAUAAGUUUCAAUAUAAAUGUGAAAAUGGAAGAGCCAAGUGAAAGUCAAGGUGUCGUAAUAUUUGGAAGAGAUGUUACUAAAAUACCAUGCUUCAGAAAUAGUUAUUUAUAUGGCAUAUACAGUGGAGUUGCAGCAGGAUUAGUGUAUUUUCUCUUUACCAGUCGGCCUAGAAUAGCUACUCGUGUUGGAGUUGGAACUUUUGCUACAGUUAACAUGUCUUAUUGGUUUUGGUGUAGAUACAAUUACUCGAAAACAAAAUUUGAAAUGUUACGUGUUCGAGAGUUACUUCGACAGCAUGCUUUACGUGAAGGAACAGAAGAAGAAAAAAUAAUAGAUGCUGAGUUAAAUUUGAAGACUGUAUAAAUAUUCUUAUCCAUAGUAGUAAACUGUGAAGUUCAUUGUAUAUAUUUAUUAGUUGUUUUAUGGCAAUAAAAUCUUAUUUAAUCAAA